CAACAAAAAAAAACACUUUUAAACUUAAAAGCCUUCUUUGCUUUGUUUCUUUCUCUUUCCUCCGAAAGCCCAAUAACAAAUAGCAGUAAGGAAAAAGGAACUCUUCUGUUUCUCCACUUUCAGCCUAAAUAUCUAUAGAUCUAUUUGUCUUUGCAAGAAAAAGGGUACUCUGUUUUUGUUUUAUUGUGUUUUGUUUUCAAAGAGAGAAGUAGUCGGUUGAUUAAGUUUAAGCUUUUAUGGGGUCCAUGAAGAUUUCUCGGACAUCUUAUUCGCCUCGCUGCUUUCUUGUUUUUUCUCAUACAACAAGCUGAAAAGCUUCACCUUUUGGCCCUUCUUUUUCGUUUCUUCAAAGGUUGUUCUUUGUCCAAAACUAAAGCUUUGGCGUUCUGGGUUUUCAUUUUUUUUCUUCUUGUUAAUUGUUUUGGAUAGUAUUGAGUUGUGUAACAAAAGAGAUGCAAUCGGGUCCGUCACAAUCCGUGGUGAGUCUGAUUCCCCAGCGGGUCCAAUCUUUUCAAUCUGCUGAUACUAGAGGGAAGCAUAGGAUACAAGCUGAACUCAAUAGGCUAGAACAAGAAGCUAGAUUCUUAGAGGAAGAGUUGGAGCAGAUAGAAAGGAUGGAGAAGGCAUCAGCUGCAUGCAAAGAGAUGCUGAGCAAUGUGGAAAGUAGACCUGAUCCUCUACUCCCCAUAACAAAUGGCCCUCUAAAUCCUUUGUGGGAUCGAUGGUUUGAAGGCCCUCAGGAAGCUCAAGGUUGCAAAUGUUGCAAAUGUUGCAAAUGUUGCAAAUGUUGGAUACUGUGACAGUGUUGCUGAUUUGAAGAGUUGACUGUUACUAGUGUUGAUGGUUAUGAAAUAUUUCGUU